AAAUUUUUCAAAGAAUUUACGCUAAAUAUUAUUGAAAAGAGAAAGAAAAAUAGGGACGGAGUGAAGAGAAUAGACUUUUUGCAACUUAUGUUGGAUUCGGCAGAAAAUGAUAUGACUCUCGACAGUGAAAAUCACGACGAGAAGGAUAAGGAGAAAUACAAAGAAAUACAGACAACCGAUGACAUCGAAAAAACGCUAACAUCGGAUGAACUGAUCGGUCAAUGCAUGCUUUUCUUUUUGGCCGGUUAUGAGACGUCCGCCACAACAAUGGCUUUAUGUCUGAACCAAAUCGCAAAACAUCCAGAAAUGCAGCAAAAACUAUAUCUCGAAUCGAAAAAAUAUUUUAAUGAAUUCAAAGGCGUCGAUUACGAUGAGUUAAAUUCAUUAAAAUAUUUAAAUGCCGUUAUAAUGGAGACACAGCGUCUGUUUCCGGCCGCUACGGUUCCCAACGAAGACUAUGUACUAAAUGGCACCGGAAUUACCAUCAAAAAGGAUAACAUCGUUCACAUCCCGACGUAUGCCAUGCAUAGAGACCCUGAAUAUUUUGCCGACCCAGAUCACUUUAAACCGGAGAGGUUUUUGGCCGAAAACAUAGCACACCAUCCGUACGCAUACCUGCCGUUCGGCGCCGGACCUCGAAAUUGCGUUGGCAUGAGAUUAGCGCAGAUGGAGAUCAGACUCGCACUCAUAUCUGUGGUCAAUAGAUAUCGUUUCUAUCCCUCAGAGAAACCAUUGGAGUUUUACUUCACGGGAGGACUACUCGUUCCCAAAUCAGUGGACGUCAGAGUAGAGCGAAGGGUCUGA